AUGGCAAGUGUGCCACCAUUGGCACGCAGUGUGGUCAGUGGGAUGUUCUUUUGGGGGCUCUUAUACAUGAUUCUGAUGUUAUUUGACACCUAUACAGCUCAGGAAUGCGAGAAGAUGGCUGAUCUUGACCUUCAAAAUUCCAUUGUUGGGACAGCUGUGAAUGUUCGAUUACUGCUGUACACACGGGAGAAUGUAUCCUGCGGCCAGCUGCUCUCCCACCAACAGCCCUUUAGUAAUCCUCACUUUGACCUCAGCCGUCUCACCACCUUCCUCAUCCAUGGCUACCGUCCCACUGGCUCCCCCUCAUUGUGGAUGAACCAGUUUGUAGAGUCUCUUCUGAACCGAGGAAACAUGAACCUUAUUGUGGUGGACUGGAAUCAUGGUGCCACCAACAUCAACUAUCUCAAAGUUGUCAAGAACACGCGUGUGGUGGCUGCAAAGCUUAUUGAUCUCAUCCAUAAAAUGAAGGAAUAUGGGUCUGCACUUGGCUCUAUACACAUGAUUGGCAUCAGUCUGGGGGCCCACAUUUCAGGAUUCACUGGGGCCAACUUUAAUGGUGAAAUCGGCAGAAUAACCGCACUGGAUCCAGCAGGACCACAGUUUAAUGGUCAGCCUAUCAGUGAUCGCCUAGACUCCUCUGAUGCCCAGUUUGUGGAAGCACUACACACUGAUAUAGAUGCAUUAGGCUACAGUAACCCCCUGGGUCACAUCGAUUACUAUGCAAAUGGUGGAGCAGAUCAACCUGGAUGCCCAAAGACCAUCUUUUCAGGAUCGGAGUAUUUCAAGUGUGACCACCAGAGGUCAGUAUUUCUCUAUAUGAGCUCUGUGAAUGGGUCUUGUCCCAUUACUGCCUACCCCUGUGACUCCUACACAGACUUCCUGGAUGGGAAAUGCAUGGACUGUGGCAUAUUUGGGUCUGCUGGAUGCCCUGUUUUUGGUUAUGAUGUCAUUCGAUGGAAGGAGGCACUGGUGCAGUUGGAACAAACAAGAACAUAUUUCCAAACAAACAAUGCUUUUCCGUACUGCAAGUUCAGUUACAAGGUUGAUAUUGUGACAUGGAACCAGCAAACACAGUGGGGUUCUUUAACAAUUAAAUUAGAAGAUGGAAAACAAGAGACAAAAGUUGAACUCAACCAUAAGUCCAUAAUGUUUGCAAAGUAUGUGGAGACCAGCCUUCUUGCUCAAUUUGAUCAAGACAUUCAGCCCGUUAUAAGUAUCACAGUGAAGUUCUGUAAAUGGAAAGGAUUACAACCAAGUAAGAAACUACGACUGCUCCGCAUACGCCUCACUCCUCUACAGAACAAUCUCCGGCCUCUUUGUCGCUAUGAUCUUCUACUAGAAGAAAAUAAAGAUGUGACUUUCAGGCCAAUUCCAUGUGAAGACUCCAACUUUUGAUCCAGAGGGUUUUGAUGGCUAGUUUGACUGUACACAUAAAAACCACUACCUC